AUGUUCAAGAAGAAGGACAGCACGAUCAAAGGGUCCACCAAACUCAGCAAAACUGACACCAAUAACCUGGCCUUGCUGGUAGCGCGCAUGCAGAAGAAUGCCGACACGGUGGAGAAAGACGUGCUGCGUGCCGAGGAGCUACUUGUUGUGGAUGCAGAAAAUGAGAAAAAAGAAAGGCCCUUCCAGCACCAACAGGAGAUAGCAGACUGCUUGGGCAGAGCGGAGGGCCUGUUGGAGGAGCUCUUUCUGGAUGUAGGCAAGGCCAAAAAACUGAAGCACCCACAGGCCAGUGAGAUUGAAAAUGAUAUCAUCCACCUUCACGAACGCUGGCUGAAAGACUGCGCCUUUUAUCGUGACGUUUACGAGCCUGUGAAUGAUGUGGAGGUGCUGCCCAGAAUUGACUGGGCUCAGGUUUUCACCAAGAAACAGAAAGAGGUGAACUCAGAGCUGUUCGGCCCCACACUGUCAGACCUGGAGAAACAGAUUGCUGCCCACAAUAUCUUGCACAAGGAGAUUGAAUCAUACAACACACAGCUUAGCCCGGGGACCACAAGCACCCAGGAGGAGUUUGAUGCCAUGAAGAAGCAAUACAUCAACCUUUUGGACAACUCCAAAUGGCGACAUCAUUACCUCAGCAGCCUGUACGACUACAUGCAAGGUUGUAAAAAAGAGAUGGGUUUCCUCAAAGAAGAACAGGACAAAAUCCUACAGCAAGACUGGAGUGACAGAAUGGUAGACCCUCCAGACGUCCGCAGACAGUAUGAGAAUUUUAAGAACAAUAGUCUGCUCUCUCAUGAGGGCGAGGUGAACAAACUACAGGACGAUGGAGAUCGUCUCAUUGAACUCAAGCACCCCGCUAGCAGCAUUGUGGAGACACAAAGGGACGACCUGAGAAACGAGUGGCAGAAGUUCCUUAAUCUGUGCAUCUGUCAGGAGACACACCUGGACAACGUGGAGGAGUUCAAAAAGUACCAAUUCGACGUGGACACCUUGUCGGAGUCUCUGACCAAACUUUCUUCCACCGUGGACCCCAAAACUCUCAGCAAAAUGAGCAACACUGAGACCUUGUUGAGACUUGAGGCUGAGGAGAAGACGGUGCAGCAAAACGAGCAGCUCCUGGCUGAUCUGAGGAAGCGGAGCACCAGCAUCGCUCCACUCAAACUCCGUCGCACUGCUCCCACUAGAGCCACCACCAUCGAGUCACUGUGCGACUGGACUACACCCAAGUCCUCCGUAACACGAGGGGAAAAACUCACCCUGAAGUCCAACGCAGAUAAUGAAAACUGGGAAGCGAUAUCCAGCAAUGGGGUGACAAAGACAGUUCCAGGAGUUUGCUUCUUGGUUCCUCCUCCCGACCCUGAGGCCAUUGACAAAGUUGACCUUCUUGGCCGUGAGUUAGAGGAUCUGAAGAGAAGACGAGCCUCUGUGAGAUCUUCCUUGAAGAAUCACACCAUAGAACCAUCCCGUACCCAGCAAGCUGUGCAGGCUUCAGUGCCUGAGGACCCCAAAGCAGUGGAGCUGGCUGAACAGCUUGACCAGAUGGACAAAGACUUGAUGCAGGCGGAGCAGGACAUCCGUAGUCGUCUGAGAGCCCCACUGGAUCGCAAUGACCCAGCCAGAGACCUCGCCAACCGUCUAAGGGAGCAAGAAAGAGCUGCCGCAGCCCUUCGGCAGUUGGAGCAGCAGAAGGCAGCAGCCCAGAGUGAUCUAGCACCCCUCCUCUCUAAAAGUACCAGUGGACCCACUUCAUCCUCUCUGCCUGAAAAACUGAACGCAGCUGCAAACAAGCAAGACAGCCUGGCUGGCCUUGCUGAUUUAUACACCAAGAAAGCUAACGCCUCUAUGAAUCUGGAGAACCAGAUUAAGAAAACGGAUGAUAUCAUCUCUGACUUUGAAAAGCAGCUGAAUAAUGAUGGUGUUAUCCCAGACACUCCCCAUGCAAUCCAAACCCGCAGCCAGGAUAUUCAAAACCUGAAAAAGGAUGUAACUGCUGCACAAAGUGAAAUGCAGAAGCUUAAUCAGGACCUGGAGGCUACAGAGAAGCUGUGCAGUUCCCUCCAGCAGGGCUACCAGGAAUACUGUCCCGACAUCCAACGGCAAGAGGAUAAAGUCAAGAACCUGCAGAACCGCUACGCUAACGUGGGCAAUCAAGUUAAAGAGAGAGAGAGACUUCUGCAAGAUGCAGCCACCAAAAAUCAGGAUUUCCAGAAUGCAGCCCAAUCUCUGAACUCCUUCCUGGACAACCUUCCCAGCAACAAGAUUAACUCCAAUGAUGAUUUGUCUCAAAUUAGUGCAAAGCAGACCUCACAAGAGAGGGUAGUGGAAGACAUUAAGAGAAAAGGUGAUGACAUGGACCGUGUAGUUGACCUCUCACAAGACUUGCAGAACAUCCUUAAUGAAUACGAGAGGAACUGUGACAAGUACAGUGCAACACUGCCCAGUGCAGAUGCUCCUAAAAGUUAUCCCACCAUCAGUCUCGCUGAUUCUGUACAAAAACAGGAAAAGGCUCUGGUGAACCGCUAUGCUGAAACAUCAGCAGAGAAUAAGCAGUUACUCAAUCAGAUGGGCAUGGCGAAAACCAUUCUUGCUCAGAAUGAAGAGAAAGCAGCUGUAGUAGCACAGCAGCAAUCACAACUACAGAGCCAACAAAGAGACCUUCAAGAGAUUGAGGGUCUCCAGAAGGAGCUGCAGGAGGAGGUUGCAAGGCGCAAUCAUGCUGAAACAGACCUCACUACCUUCAAGAACAGGAUGUUGUCUCUGAAAAAUAGAAGAGGUGUAGAGCGUGUCGAGGAGAAGGAGGUGCUGCAGUACUACCGUGACCCAAAACUCGAGGCUGACCUAGCAGAUCUGCAGAACACGGUCCAUCAGGAAGCCCUGAAACGCACUGGAACCCAAAGUGAAAUUGACUUGCUGACUAAAAAAAUCAGUGCACUGGAGACUGAUCUUAAGAACACAAAGCCCAAAUUGGUAACUAGAGAGGUGACCGAGAUUGAGAGAGACCCUCAGCUGGAUGUGGAAGCCUCUAAACUGAGAAGUGAGAUUAAGAAUCUGAAGGAUGAAGUCCGAUUUAAAGAUAAUGAAGAAGUUCAACUGAAACAAGAGGUAAACUUCUUAGAGCAGAAGAAACCUAACAUCAAAGAAAAGGUGGUGCAAAAGGAGGUUGUAAAACUGGAGAAAGAUCCAGAAAUGCUGAGGGCAGUCAAGGUAUUUGAGACUGAAAUUUCAGAUGAGGCUGAGAGAAGCAAAAUCCUGAACAAUGAGAUCUUUCAAACAAGGAGCCAAAUCAACGCACUGGAGAGACUAAUUCCGACCUUAGAGCCCAAGGUUGUGGUCAAGGAGGUGAAGAAAGUUGAGCAAGACCCUGAACUCAUCAAUGAAACCAAAAGGCUUCAAUCCAGCCUAGAAGAUGAGAAGAAUGUGAACAGUGUUUUGAGGAGAGAACUGAGUGAACUUCAGUCACGAUAUGUCCAGGUAGAACAACUGAAGCCCAAAGUAGAAAUUAAGGAGAUCAUAAAUGAGAUCUACAGAGUCGCCCCAGAAACUAAUGCAGAGAUAGAACGCUUGAGAAAAGAGUUGCAAGACUCAGACAGACAAACCUCAAAUUAUGAGAGAGAAAUCAAAUCUGUUAAAGCAGAUUUAGAUGUACUUCGUGCUCAGAAGCCCAAAGUUGAGUACAAGGAAGUCGUACAAGAAGUAGUAAAAGAGGAGAGAAGUCCAGAAAACACACGAGAAAUUAACAGGCUGCAAGAUCAAGUCCGAAGCCUCCAGAGAUCCUUUGAUCAAGCCCAGGAUGAGCUUAAACGCCUGACUAAAGAAAGAGAUGAAUGGAAGGCUGAAAAGUCAAAAGUAGAGACAAAGCUUCUCAAUAAAGAGGUGGUUAAGUACGUAAAUGAUCCACUCCUGGACAAGGAAGCUGAUCGUCUCCGGAGGGAGGUACGUGAGGAGACGCAGCGGCGCAGAACCACUGAAGAAAUGGUGUUUGACCUUGAAAACAAAUAUAUUCAACUGGAGAGACAGAAGCCGGAGGAAAAAGUGGUGGUGCAAGAGGUGGUACACCUGCAGAAGGAUCCCCAGCAGAUCAUGGAACAUGAAAGGCUUAACCGAAACCUGGAUGAUGAAAUCAAGUCACGCAGGAAGUUGGAGUUGGAGGUGCAGCAACAGAAAACACAGGUUCAAGACAAAGAGAGAAUGCUGCGGCAAAAUGAUGAAAGACAAAAGAAAAUUCAGGUAGAGACUGAGCUUCGACAAAUUAAAUCCCGCAUCAAUGAACUGGAAACUGCUCCACCACCGAUUGAAGAGAACAUUGUGGUUGAAGAGGUUCUGAAGGUGGAGAGGGAUCCAAAACUGGAAAAACUGACCAGUGGUCUUCGGAAAGACAUGGAUACAGAGAGCAGCGAUAUCGCACGUCUUGAGAGAGACAUCAGAAAAAUAAAACUACAGCUGGAGAUCUUGGAGAGAGAGAAAUCUGGAGAGAGGACGGUAUAUAAAGAGGUGAUCCGUGUAGAGAAAGACCAAGCUGUCGAAACUGAGCGUGCUCACCUUAGAGAACAGGUGCAAAAGGAGAAAAAUGAAAGACGAGACCUUGAGGACCAAAUUCGACGUCUCUCUGAGAAAUUGCAUCGACUUCAGAGCAAAGGAGCAACAACGUCACAAGAGGAGGCCUUUCUUAUCCGCAACAGAGAUUCCUUACAAAAAGAAAAAGAGAACCUCCUCAGCGAGCUUCAAACACUGCAGUCAGAAAAGCAACAGACCAGCAUUUCAUUCCAACAACAGUCGAGGCUGAUGAGUGAGAGAAACCAAAUGAACAGACAAAAAAGCAUCAGAAUGGAAUCAGAUGUUCAGCGUCUAGAGAGGGAGAUACUAGAUGAAAAGGAGAAGAUUUACAAGCGAGAUAAUAUUAUCAGGGAACUUCAGAACAGCUUGAGGAAAGAAGAUAACUCAGAAACACGUACUAAAGAAACCAAUGUCUCCACCAAAAUUACCAUUCUGGACCCUGACACUGGCAAGGAUAUGUCACCGUAUGAUGCCUAUAUGCAGGGACUAAUCGAUCGCAGCCAGUACAUUCAUCUACAGGAGCUGGAAUGUGACUGGGAGGAGAUCACUACCCAGGGGCGAGAUGGGGAAACCUCUGUGCUGCAAGACCGCAAGAGUGGAAAGCAAUACUCCAUAAAAAAUGCACUGGAGGAUGGCAGAUUGACUCAGUAUCAGUUGCAACAAUACAAGGAUGGUAAAAUGCCUAUUUCAGAGUUUGCUCUUCUGGUUGCUGGAGAAACCAAGACACAGCCAAUCUCAAUGCCUUCAUACAGCCGCAGCAUCAGCACCACUGAUGAUCAGUUCCCAAUUUCGGGCAUAAUGGACACUGCCACUAAUACAUGCAUAUCUGUACGCAGCGCUAUGGUACGAAAAAUGAUUGAUGCUACCACAGCUCAAAAGCUUCUGGAAGCUCAAGCUGCCACUGGUGGCAUUGUGGACAUUAUCAAUAAGGAACGAUACUCUGUACACAAGGCAGUCGAUCUUAGGCUUAUUGACAGCAGCCAUUUGCAGCAGUUGCUCAAUGCUCAGAAGGCCUUCACAGGGGUGGAAGACCCUGUGACUAGAGAACGUCUCUCAAUAGGAGAAGCUGUCCAGAAAGAUUGGGUACCAAGAGAGCAUGCCAUGAGGUAUAUGGAGGUGCAAUUCCUGACCGGUGGGUUGGUAGACCCCAAGAAAGCAGGUCGAAUUGGCAUUAUGGAAGCUGCAGCAACUAAAAUGAUUAACAGUGGCAUGGUGAGAGAGCUCCAAGCAGCGGCCAACUAUCCGAAAGAGCUUACUGACCCAGUCACAAAGGAGAAAAUUAAUUACAAGCAAGCUAUGGAUCGCUGUAAAGUAGACCCAAAGACAGGUCUUCUAAUGCUUCCUGCCUCCUCCAAAGACACAAGCUAUGUGCCUUCAUAUUACAGUCACCGAUCAUCAGCUUAUGGCCACUAUUAG